CUCCCUCAGAAAGAAGCUUCUCCUUUUCUAUUUCACAUUUUCAAAAAAAUUUGUUCUAUCAUCCAACAAAACUUAAUCCUAGUAAGUGAAGAGAUUUUAAAAUGACAAAGAUAGGAGGUAUUCUUGUUUGUUUAGUCAUUGUGGGCUUAGAUGUAGCUGCUGCAAUCCUCGGAAUCCAAGCUGAAGUCGCCCAAAACCAGGUGAAGCACAUGAGGCUUUGGUUAUUUGAGUGCAGAGAGCCGAGCCAGGACGCGUUCAGGCUCGGUCUAGGUGCAGCCGCGAUAUUGGUAAUGGCUCAUGUCCUACUAAACUUGGUCGGAGGCUGUCUUUGUAUUUGCUCUCAAGACGAGUUUCAAAGAUCUUCUUCCACUAGACAAAUCUCCAUGGCUUGUCUCGUCCUCAUUUGGAUCGUAUUCGCCGUUGGAUUUGGGAGUAUAGUGAUCGGGACGAUGUCGAACAGUAAGUCAAGAUCCUCUUGUGGAUUCACACAUCACCAUUUUCUCUCCAUUGGAGGGAUUUUGUGUUUUCUUCAUGCCCUCUUCUGUGUUGCUUAUUACGUUUCUGCCACUGCGGCCAAAGAUGAAGCUAAGUGACAAAGUGUCACGGUUAAUGAUGGAACAGGUAGGUCCUUGUCCUUGACAAUAUUUAUGUAUAAUCAUAUAACCUAGUUUCAAUUUAUUUCUUUUUCUGAAUCGUUUCACUUAUUUCGAAGUCACUUUUGUAAUUUGAAAAGCCGUGUCAUUUUGAGAAAAAGAAUGGAAAAGCUUUUAUGUCACGCUCUGUUGUCGCAUGUGGGGUUAAAAUGCACUAGUGAUAAUGACGUUUGGUGGAAUCUUGUCUUUGCUUCGGUUCUUGAAAUUAAUUCAAUACUCUCGU